UUGGAAUCCCGAAAGAUGGCGGCGGUGCCUCCGGAUGAGGCUAGCCUGCAGUCUCGCAUCAACAAAGCGACAAAUCCCCUGAACAAGGACACUGACUGGGAUAAUAUCAAAGGAUUUUGUGAUCAGCUAAACAAUGAACCAGAAGGUCCUCAGCUUGCGACCAGACUUCUAGCCCACAAAAUCCAGUCUCCUCAGGAAUGGGAGGCAAUUCAAGCACUACUGGUUCUGGAGACCUGCAUGAAGAGCUGUGGGAAGCGAUUUCACAAUGAAGUGGGAAAGUUUCGCUUUCUCAAUGAACUCAUCAAGGUCGUCUCUCCCAAGUAUUUAGGAGCCCGGGCUCCCGAGCCAGUGAAGAAGAAGGUUUUAGAAAUGAUGUACAGCUGGACGCUGAAGCUGCCAGACGAGACCAAGAUAGCAGACGCGUAUCAAAUGCUGAAAAAACAGGGCAUUGUCAAGCAGGAUCCGGUGCUUCCUGAUGACAGGUCUCUGCUACCGGCUCCACCCAGAGCCAAAUGUGCCAUCUUUGAGGAUGAGGAGAAAUCAAAGAUGCUGUCUCGUUUACUUAACAGUACCCACCCUGAAGAUUUAAGAGCGGCAAACAAGCUCAUCAAGGAAAUGGUCCAAGAGGACCAGAAGCGGGUGGAGAAAGUUUCCAAGCGAGUGAACGCCAUCCAGGAGGUGAAGGAGAGUGUGAGCCUGCUGAGCCAGCUGCUGGAGGGCUACAGCAAGGAGAGCUGCUCCCAGAGCAACCAGGAGCUCAUUAAGGAUCUUUAUCAGCGCUGUGAAAAGAUGAGGCCCACGCUGUUCCGAUUAGCCAGCGAUACCGAGGACAGCGACGACGCUUUGGCGGACAUCUUGGAGGCCAAUGACAGCCUGACACAGGUCAUCAAUACAUACAGACGGCUGGUAAAAGGCGAGGACGUGACAAAAGACGUGACGGCAGACCCCCCAGAGCCAGGUGGCGGCAGUUCGGCGCUGGUCGACCUGACCGGACUCCACCUGUCAGCCGGCACGGCGCCGUCCAGCCUCCAGCCUCAGAGUCAAAGCGUGGGCGUGAGCCUGCUGGACGACGAGCUCAUGUCUCUGGGAUUGAAUGCAACGGAAAACUGUGACUCUCACAACACUUUUCAGCCGUCAGACGGAGCCGAAUCAUCUGUACCGGCCGCGGUGCUGCGACCCGCAGUCCUCCCGACGGCACAGCCUCCACCAGCAGGGGGCGCCGCCGCGCCUCCUAAAGCCAUGGAGGAGCUGGACCUGCUGGGUAAGACCCUGCUGCAGCAGUCUCUGCCUCCUGAGAGCCAGCAGGUCAAAUGGGAUAAACUUCAGCCUCAAUCUAGAGUCAGUUUACGGGAUCUGCAGACGAAGUCCACCACCGGCUCCGUUCCUGCUCCCCCUCCCGCCUCAUCCAGCCAAUCAGAGCAGCCCGACGCACUCCUCCGCUCCACCCCUCCGCUCGCCGCUGACCCGUACGACGCCAUCUCUCUCUCUGACGUCGCCGUGCCUCUGGACUCCAUCAAACCCAGCAGCCUGUUACCGGUGACUGUGUUCGACAAACACAGCCUCCGGGUCCUGUUCACCUUCGCCCGCGACUGUCCGCCGUCUCGGCCGGACGUGCUGGUGGUGAUCAUCUCCAUGCUGUCCUCGGCUCCCAUUCCAGUCACCAACAUCCGCUUCCAGGCCGCCGUGCCCAAAGUGAUGAAGGUGAAGCUGCAGCCCCCCUCCAGCACUGAGCUCCCGGCCUUCAAUCCCAUCCUGCCUCCAGCCGCCGUCACACAGAUCCUGCUGCUGGCCAACCCUCAGAAGGAAAAAGUUCGCCUGCGGUACAAACUGACAUUUGACCUGGGGGAUAAAUCUCACGACGAGUCCGGCGACGUGGACCAGUUUCCCCCUCCGAACACCUGGGGGAGCCUCUAGCGGCGCCGAGCCGCCUUCCGGUCCUCCGGCCCGCUGCUUCCUUCACUUUCAGAUCGAAGCGGUUCGGUUUCGGAAACACAGACAGAAGGAGUUGUGGGGAAACAGCUUCUACCUUGUGCCUUCCUUCACAGCCUUCCUGUCCUCAUCCUACCACGUCCAUGUUCCCCCCCCGAGCGCCGUCGCUUCCUUCUCUCCUUCAAUCAGACCGUCGGAAACAUUCAACCAAGUGACUUUGUGGAAAACAAGACGAGCCUUUUCAAACUGAAUGUCUGGAUUUGUCGGACUUGCGUUCUGCUGGUGGAGUCCCACGUCAUGUGAAUUACAUGUAGGAGCUGGUGUCUGGUGUUUUUGGGUUUCCUCUCUCUGUCCCGGGCCGAGCUCCUCCACCCGUUUCUGAGGAGUUGCAUGUUCUCCUGGUGCAUGUGUGAGUUUUCUGGCAAAACAAAAACAUGAGGUGAAUCGGUGACUGUAAAUCAGUGUGAACGUGUGUGUGUCUGUGUGUCGGGGUUGUUAAACCUGCCUCCAUCCGUCGCCCGCCGGGGCGGAGUUGGAUGAAGGGGUUGUGGACCAGUCUGUGUGUGAGUGCAUGAGUUGCGGCGGCGGAUCGAUUCGCCCCUUCAAAGAGAAGCACAGGCGGUGUGAAUUCAUGAGCCAGCAUCAUCCACAUCAGCCUGUUUUUACUGCUUUCCCUGCUGUGACGUGUCGGAAAGCCCCAAAAGCAAAGGGCACUCGGUCUUUGCCCGUUAUUUUUUUUUUCUGCACUUUUUUGUUUACAAGAGAUCUGCACACUUCUUUUUCUUGCAAUGUUUCAGAAUUUGGAGAUUUUUCUUCUUCCCUUCACAGAAGCUAUUCUUUCAAGCACUUGUUUAUUUUUGUUGUAAUUUUGCACAUGAAAUGAUUCCAUUUUUUUUUUUUUUUUUUAAACACAUGGUGUUUGUUCUACUGUUGAUCGACCCAAAGAGGGACCCGAGCUGGCAUCGCUGACGUCUGGUGUGAUUCUACCACAUGUGCCUGAGAUGAAAGGUUGGAUUUCCCAUCUGCUUUGUGCUUUUAUUGUAUGUAUGUGAAUGAUUUCCAGGCCCUGAGCAGAAGACACCUGUGGAACAGAAUCGCUCUUCACGUGAUUAUGUGAAGGUUCACGAAUACAGAAAUAAAAUGAAUUUGAAGGAAAAACAGGCACUGAAAUACACGAGAAGCUCCAUUGGUUCAGUUGUAAACUUGCAUGAAAGCAUAUUAAAACUUCAUUCCAUAUCAGUGAGCUGUGAUAUAUUCUCCAUCAAUCAACUGAUUUAAUUUACCAGCUGCUGCUCUGUAAGGAAAACAGGACUGACUGAAGCAAUAAUUAAAAGAAAAUUGUUGAUGCAGUUUGUAGAUAAUGACCACCUGGCCUGCCCUCUUUUAUUUCCUGUAGAUAAACCAGCACUGAGGAAGAUUCAAAGCACAUUUUAAUUAGAUGAUUCCCUCAGAUAACCUGCUAAUGAGCAUGCCAGCUUCAGGUCCUAAAGAAGGGAACCUGAAACACACACCAGCUGCAUCAACAUUUUCCUUUCACUGCCUUUCAGUUGAAACUUCAGAUUAAUUUCAUCCAGCUCUGCACAAACCUGCAUGCAAACAAUCCCCUGGACGUCUGAAGGAGGCUGUACUGCAGCUACAGGGGGGCGCUUCAUGACAUUUAGAAAGAAAUAAUGUGUCAAUGUAAACUGAAUUACAGCUUUCGAAGCCUCAAACAAACAGCAGCAGCUGUAAUGGAGAGGAAGACGGUUUAUGAAUAGCACAGAUGUAUUUCUGAAGAAGGGAAGACCGUUUCUAUUUGUGAUCCGACUGUAAAUAAUAGAGUCGUGCCAUUAAGCGUAUUUACUGAUGGAAACAACGUGUACAUACUGCUGGGUACAAACUGAGAAUGUACUAAAAAUAUGUAUUUAAAGCAAAUAAAGUGAUUUGUACAGGGAAUUCCCCUGAUGUAUGAACUGAAUUCACGCAUGACAAAGCAGA